AGUAACCCUGGACUGUGAACCUGGCCAUGUCGCUAUAAAAGCGCUCCUCGUGCAGAGUCGCCUCACAUGCUCGCGCGUGAGGCUUCAGUGAGGCGCCAGAGUUUCCUCUGUGAGGUUCUGAGGCAGAAUGAGUCUGAUGAAGGACGAGCAGAGCAGUGGGCUGGAGAUGAAAGAAGGGGUGGAAAACUCGGCCUUUCAGGGGGACAGUCAGCCUGAGGAGUCGAGCCGGCGGGGGCAGGAGCAGGCUGUGUCUAUGGAGGGCUGUCCGGCUGGGGAGGAGAGCUACACGCAGAUCAGGCCGCACGCGGGAAUGCCCAAAGAAGUGCUGCUGCUGUACUCAGGUCAGGCGCGCUACAGGCUGCCGCGCGAGAUCCUCUUCUGGCUCACCGUGGCCUGCACCCUGGCGCUGGUGGCUCUCACCAUCACGGUCAUCGUGCUCUCUCCGCCGUGCCUCAGCUGGUGGCAGACCACCCCGGUGUACCAGGUUUACCCGCGCUCCUUCAAGGACUCCGAUGCCGACGGGGUGGGAGACCUCAAAGGUAUCAAGGAAAAGCUGAGUCAUUUCCAGUACCUAAACAUCAAAGCCGUAUGGAUCAGCCCUUUCUACAAGUCUCCAAUGAAGGACUUUGGCUACGAUGUGGAAGACUUCAGGGCUGUCGAUCCUCUCUUUGGAACCAUGGAAGACUUUGAUGACCUCCUGGCGAGCAUGCAUAGCAUGGGGAUCAAACUGAUUAUGGACUACAUCCCCAACCACACCAGUGAUAAACACGUCUGGUUCCAGCUCAGCCGUAACCGUACAGAUCACUAUUCUGACUUUUACAUCUGGGUGAACUGCACUGAGGGCCAUCCGCCUAACAACUGGGUGAGUGUGUUUGGGAACUCCACCUGGACAUAUGACCCAGAGAGAGGACAGUGCUACUUCCAUCAGUUCCUCAAAGAGCAACCAGAUCUCAACUUCCGCAACCCCGAUGUUGUAAAGGAGAUGACGGACGUAAUCCAUUUCUGGUUGAAGAAGGGGGUGGAUGGCUUCCGCAUGGAUGCUGUCAAGCACAUGCUUGAAGCUACGCAUUUAAGGAAUGAACCCCAAGUUGACCCUAACCAGCCACCUGAGACUGUGAACACGGAGUUUGAGCUGUACCACGACUACACAUACACUCAAGUGGGUCUGCACGACAUCCUCCGGGGCUGGAGAGUGGUCCUGGAUGAAUACAGCAGGGAACCAGGACGUUACCGGUUCAUGGUGACAGAGUGUUACGACUAUGAAGAAAUUGAAAAGACCAUGAUGUACUAUGGAACCCCUUUUGUCAAAGAGGCUGACAUCCCCUUUAACUUCUAUCUGCUGGAUCUCCCUGAUGGUCUGUCUGGAGUCAGAGCCAAGGAACUAGUGGAGCUGUGGAUGUCAAACAUGCCUACAGGGAAAUGGCCAAACUGGGUGGUGGGAAACCAUGAUAAGCCACGCAUGAGCUCCAGAACUGGUCAGGAAUAUGUCAGGGCUAUCAAUAUGCUGCUGUUAACACUGCCUGGAACGCCAACUACAUACUACGGAGAGGAGAUUGGCAUGGAAAACGUCAACGUCUCUGUUACUCAGGAUCCUUUUGGAAAGUUCGACCCAAACAACAGCCGGGAUCCUCAGAGAACACCCAUGCAGUGGAAUGGUCAACUCAAUGCUGGCUUUAGUGACAGUCAGAAUGGCACCUGGUUGGACAUAGGUCCAAACUACCAAACCGUCAAUGUAGAGGUUCAGCAGGGUGACCCGUUGUCUGUGCUGGAGCUGUACAGAGCUUUGAAUCUGCUCAGAGAAAAGGACGUAGUGCUGCUUCGAGGAUGGCUUUGCUACAUCUGGGAAGAUGCUAAUGUGUUUGCCUUCUUGCGUGAGCUGGAUGGACUGAACCGGGCCUUCCUGGUGGUCCUAAAUUUUGGUGAAGAUUCAGAAACAGACCUCUCUGCCAUUACUGAGCUGCCAGAUCAGCUCAGUGUUCGCAUCAGUACACUCCCCGACACUCCGAGCAGCUUCCAGAAAGCCAGAAUCAGAACCUCAAAGGGGCAGGGAUUGCUGUUGGAAUACUCCACCAGUCAGCGGUUUCAUACUGGCCAUUCAUCUCAGUGUUAUGUUUCUGAGAAGGCCUGCUACCUGAGUGCUCUGGAUAUUCUGUACAAGUGCUGAGAAUGCAGUGUCUACCACAUGUUAAAGCACAUGUCUCAUUUAUUUUUGCUUAAAAUACAAUGAAAAUGCUUUUCCUUUUAAUAAAACUGCAGAUACAUUCAAUUUAAA